UUGUUUUGUUCGAAUAGAUUGUGGCCUCUUCUCUUUUAAUUUGAAUUGCAUCGUCAGUAACUUUGCCAAGAUGUCUAUGAUUGCAAAGAAUCGCACAAAGAGUUCCUGGACACCUUUGAGUAACGAGGAAACCAAUAAUAAGAUAUUUGAAGAAAGAUCUUCCUUGUUAGGAAAAUGGUAUGAUAAGUGGACAGAUGAACAAAGAAGAAAAGUUUUAGAAGACUUGAUGAAUAGGUCUAAAAUAAAACAGCUAAAAUUUGUGCAGGAGAUUGUGAAUGAAAAAGUACCGUGUAUACGUGAAGACUUUACCAGAGAACUGCCAAAAAUUUUAUCUAUUUACAUUUUUUCAUUCCUGGACCCCAGAAGUUUAAGUCGAUGUGCGAGGGUUAGCUGGUAUUGGAAAACCCUAUCAGAAACUGAUUCCUUAUGGAUGCCUAAAUGUCUACGAUUUGGUUGGUUUCUGCCGUUUACUCCCAGUCCUUAUGAAGUCGGUGUAUGGAAAAGAAAUUACAUAGAAAAUAUCAAGUACAUCCAUGUACUCAGACCUAGGGACACAACGCUGAUGCUUGAAAACCUGCAGCUGGAGACGGAGAAAAAGCGGGCUAAGUCAGUGAGGACCAGUAAAGACAAACAGAAAAUCACACCCUGGAGAGGGUCUGACCCCCACCCUAAAGACACGUGGAGGAAUAAUGUUCUGGAAAAUGAUGAUUAUGUUGACAGUGUUAAAAAGAGGAGAGAGCGGGGAUACUAUGGGUAUGAAGCAGAAGACAUCACUAAGCAUGCCAAGAGUAAAGUGAAGACAGGAACCAAUGUUCUAAAUCAGAGCAGGAAGUCCCAGUCUCUAUCUCUGUUAAGUUAUUCGGAGGACGCCAUGACGAAUCAGAGACCCCAGUGGGCGACCAUGAACUCACCCUAUGUGUCAUUUGAGGCCAAGGUCGUGGAUAAAAACAAACGCAACAUAAGUCCAACUCGCAAUACUAUCAAUUCUUCACAGACAUUUUCACCAAUCAAAUCAGGGUCACGACCUGUAACAGCAAGAUCAGAAAGAGACCCGCCCACUGCCAGACUUUUCCCAGAGAAACCAUGGAAAGUUCCUGAUGGCAUGGAUUCUGAUGAAGACAUUUAAUGUUCCAAAACCUGGUGUCCAGUCAGCCAUAAAUCCAGUUGAUAUUCCAAAGUCCAGUCAAUCAUAGAUGUCUACUUUUAAAAUACAGUUGAACUUCGGUAUCUCAAACUCUGAUUUGAAAGUCCCAACCACUAUUUUCUUAUUGUAUUUUAACCCCCAAUAUCUGGAUUGUUCAGAAAUCUUGAAGUUUUUUCUCAGUCCCAUAGAGUUUGAGAUAACAAGGUUUGACUGUAUUCCAAAACUGGUAUCAACCAUACAUGUCCAUCAUAUACAUUGCUGUCUCAUUCCACUAAAUUUUUUGUGUUUGAUUUCAAAAAAUUCCAUUGUGUGUAAAGAUAUUGUGCUCUGAAGGGGAUUUUUAAAAUUGUUUUACUUGAGAAAGUUUUUGUAAACAGAAAUUAGAAACAUAUGUAUAUGUAACUUUAGAUAAUGUGAAUGCUAAAGAUUAGACUUUUUUAACAUGUACCAUUAAUAUUUUGACUAUUUAUAUAUUGAUUUUAGUUUUACAAUAUUUAUUAUUUGCAGUACUUGUUUUGUAUUACAAGUCCCUCCGGUACUUGGAUUAUGGAUUCUAUUGACAUCAUACCGUCCAUUAUUUAUUUAUUUGGGAUGAUGCUUUACAGGGAAAUGUUUGUAGAUUAUUUGACUUUGUUACCAUUGUUCUAUAGAUUUUAUACAGAUCUUAUAUAUUGAUUUCACUUCAUAUUCGAAUAUUAAAUGUAUUUUAGAUUUAAAUGAUGAAUUUUUGGAACAUUGGUCUGAAGCAGUUUACCCAAUCAAGAUUUUUGUGAUAGCUAGAUUUUUUUCACUUAUUGUUUUCUGUACAGACCAGAAAGGAAAUUUUUAGCAUACAAACUUUCAUGUGAAUCAAUUGUCAGAAAAUAUUUCAAAUGUAAGCACAAACAGCUGUUGUUGUUAUGAAUGUGGUUUUUUCAGAGAUGUUGUUUUAGGAUAUAUUUGCAAAGUUAUAGUGUAGUUUCUAAGUACCAUACAGUGAUAUUAUGCUAUGAGUAAUGUGACAAUUUUUCAGUAUUGUCCAAAACAAU